GUGAGCUUCAAACACACCCGGGCGCGCGCCGCUGGCCUCUUUCACCAUCUCCAGCAGCCUCCCGGUCGCCCGGGGUGGGGGGCUCUCAGGCUGGUUUGGAAGAUCCAGGAAUAGAACCCAGGAGUCCGGCCCCCCGACCCCCUGCAGCUCUGCUGGGGGUGGGUUUUAGUCCCCUCUCGGGAUGGGGUGCGCUCUGUCGGGUUCUGGGAUCGCCCCGGGGAAAACCAGCUCGGAGUCCAAGCGGAGCCCGUCGUCGGAAAACCUAGCGGCGGCGAAAGCGGGCCCGGAGCACGGAGGCGACGGGCUGGGGGCAGGUCCCUUUCCGCUGGCGGACGCGCAGAAGGAGCGGAUCCAGGAGUCCUGGAGGAUCCUGCACGACAAUAUCGCUCGGGUCGGCAUCAUUGUCUUCAUCAGGUUAUUCGAGACCCACCCCGAGUGCAAAGACGUCUUCUUCCUCUUCCGGGACAUCGAGGACCUGGAGCAGCUCAAGAUGAACAAGGAGCUGCGAGCCCAUGGCCUGAGGGUGAUGUCCUUCAUUGAGAAAAGCGUGGCCCGGCUGGACCAAGAGGACAAGCUGGAACAGCUGGCCUUCGAGCUCGGCAGGAGUCACUACAGAUACAACGCCCCUCCCAAGUACUAUGAGUACGUGGGCAUCCAGUUUAUCAGCACCGUGCAGCCCAUCCUCAAGGAGCGCUGGACGCCGGAAGUGGAGGAGGCCUGGCAGAGUCUGUUCAGGUACCUGACGGCCACCAUGAAACGGGGGUACUACGAGGAAGAGGAGAAAUCGGGCAGCAUCAAAUCCCCUGCCUUGAAGAAACCCGGGACUGGAUCCAUCCUGAACAGCAUAUAGGUCCAAGAGCGGGCGGCGUAGCGCUUGGCUUGGCUUGCUGGGAUAUUCCCAUAGGACCUCUCCUUCCCCCUGUCCACAAGGACUGCCCUUGCUUAUUACUUUCACAGACUAUGAUUCCAGCUGAAUCCAGUUGUGAUUCCAGGGCAGAGGCUGGAUUUUUGCUGCUGGUCGGAGGCCCCAUCUGUGUAGCCGGGGUCCCCCCCCAGGGGUCGCUGCAGCAGGUAGAGGCAGUAAACUAUCUCUGAACCCUUUCUACUUUGGGUAUAGGCAGUUCUGGGUGAGCUUCCUGGAAGGGAAAAGGGGCCGAGAACAGGAGUCGGCUUUAGAGACCGGCGUGAGGGCCUUGAUUUCUAUAUAUGGACUGUUAUCCGCCAGGCCCAUCUAGCAGCGCCGGGGAAGGGGUUAAACAUCCCCCGAGUUGGCAGAGCGGCAGUGUUAAAGGUGACUCGCGAAGGGAAAUGAAAUUAGGGUGGGUGCCCUCUCCCCGUUAGGCUUCUUUACAAUGGAUCCAGACACCCUGAGAAAUUAAACUCAGUCCGCCCCAGCUGCCAAAUGGGAAGAACAACCAUUUCUUGCAAGCUGGUAACAGUCUACUACCGCUGCCAGCUCUGGGAGUGACUCUGUUAGCUUGAGUGGUGGAGGCCCGUGCUGAGGUAGAGACAGACAGAGCGGGAGACAAGGAGACAAUCUGGGCAGGUUCAAACCUGGUUGAUGACCCUGUACUGGGUGCCGGUGUAAAACUGAUGCUGGAGAGGGGCAGUGAAAUCACGUGGACCUCAGGGAGAGGGGGCAAUAGAACAGAAGUAACCUUACGCUGUGGUUAAAGCACUGGCGAGGGAUGCAGGAGACCAAGGGGCACUCCCCACCUCUGCUACAGCUUCCCUGUGUGACCUUUGGCAAGUUACUUCAUCUUUCUAGGCCUGGGUCCGUCCCCCCCCCCAGUCUAUACAAUGACUGUGCCUUUGCCCGGUUAGACUGGAAGCUGUUUGGGGCAGGGGCAGUCUCCCAUGGGGCCCUGAUCUCAGUUUGAGAUGACAGCACAGCAAGCUUUGACAGUAGAAACAUUGACCUGGCAAUCUACCCGGCAGGACUCGAUGGAGAACUAGCCCUGGGGCUGGUCUAGGCACAAAAAUUACACCAAUUUAACUAAACCUCCCGCCCCCAAAAUUCAAAGCCAACUUCGUUAAAUGAGUGCAAACCCACCUUAACGAUUAUUUAUUCUUUGUAUUAUGGUAGCACCUACGAGCCCUAGCCAUGGACCACGCCCCCUUUGUGCCAGGUGCUGUACAUUUUUAUUGUUAUUACAUGUAUUACGGUAACACCUUGGCGCCCCAGUCACGGAACAGGCCCCCCACUCUGCCAGGCGCUACCGCUGUCAAGAUUUUUGUGGGCUUGGGGGCAAAGGAGAGUUUUAAGGGGAGCUUAGAAGGCGAACGAUGAAGUGGCUUGAAUUCAAACUGGCUCUGAAUGGUUCCGCGGCAGCGGGGGACUUCCUCUGUGUCAGGCGCUUCCCCCUCCCAUAGGGCCUUGAACAUCCGUAUCUCACAGUCCCUAUGUGAGGGAAGGAAAUGCGGGUAUCCCCCAUUACACAGAUGGGGAAACCGAGGCCCAGAUCCACAGAGGUAUUUAGCUUCCUAACUUUAUUUGAAAUCAGCGGAAGUUAGGCGCCUAAAUACCUUUGAGGGUCGGAGACAUCAGGUCACACAGAGAGCCUGUGACAUUUAAGCUAAGCGGCCAUAAACUAGGUUGAAAUCUGUAUCCAUCCUAAAGAAGUGUUUUCACCGUCAGAUUGACGCUCACGACACAGACACGCCCUUCGGCCCCAUGACACCCCCCCCCCACACACACACACACACUCCAAACGCAGGAAUUAACUCAAGCGCAAAAAGCCAAAUCCCCACCCGGCAGAAUUUUCACCCCAGAAACGGAGAACGCCAUGAAAUCCACUAGGGACGAGGCUAUUGCUCAUUUCACACGGCAGGCCCCCAAAUUCCACAACGAUGGGGAGCACUAGAAAACCGUAAGGCCUGGUCUACACAUAGAGUUUGUCCUGGUAUCACUCUAUGGGUUAGGAAUGUGAUGUUUUUAACCGAUAUAGUUAUACCGGUAUAAACCGUAGUGUGGAUGCAGUUAUACUGGUAUAAAGGGGCCUUAAACCAGUAUUAUUCUCCAUCAUGUAUGGAACUAGCUGUGGGAGUAAAGUGGUCACGACCGUGUUAAUUGGGUUCCCUGGAGCAUAAGAACAUAAGAACGGCCCUACUGGGUCAGACCAAAGGUCCAUCUAGCCCAGUGUCCUGUCUUCCGACAGUGGCCAAUGGCAGGUGCCCCAGAGGGAAUGAACAGAACAGGGAAUCAUCAAGUGAUCCAUCCCUUGUCGCUCAUUCCCAGCUUCUGGCAAACAGAGGCUAGGGACACCAUCCCUGCCCGUCCUGGCUAAUAACCAUUGAUGGACCUAUCCUCCAUGAACUUAUCUAGUUCUUUUUUUAACCCUGUUAUAGUCUUGGCCUUCACAACAUCCUCUGGCGAGGAGUUCCACAAGUUGACUGUGCGUUGUGUGAAGAAAUACUUCCUUUUGUUUGUUUUAAACCUGCUGCCUAUUAAUUAACUUGGAGUAUUGUGGGCUUACCCUCUCUCUGUUUCGCCGUCAUCCCCCCCAACUCUCUUGCGAUGCCAUGAAAUAAAGCAGCAUUCCGCAUUUGCGGGCGGACCUUUGAUUUCUGCCCCUGCUGUCUGAGAGCAACUCUUGUCAGUUUCUCACGGCUGUUUCCAUGGCUGGUGCUAAUUCUCCUGCUUUGGGCCAGGUUCUUCCCUUCUGCCAGCGGUCAUCCUCGAUUAACCCCACGUCCCCCCGUCAGUCCUGGCCUCUCGGCCACCGCCAAGCGAGCAAUAUUCCGCUGAUGCUUUUUGCUCUGCCACGGACACGUGGCCACGUCUCGCCUCGUCCCCUCAUCCUGCGAUGAACCCUGGCAUGUUCUGCAGUUUCGGUGCCUCGUGCGCCCGCCUUCUAAACUUUCCCCUCCAGCUUUCUGAGCUGGUGACAAACUCCUGGAGGUUUGAUUGCUGGGAAAAUUGCUUUCGUUUGCAAGGCAGUAGCCGAUGGAAUGGUUGCUGCUAAUCCUUGUUUUCUGCAGGAAGUGCCUCGAUUCCCCCCUCCGGCGCUAUCUUGUGUUUUGCCUCAUCCCUGGGUUUGCAAGUUGCGAGGGAAAAUACGUCCACUCCAGGGCCUGCAGGCUGGGAAGGGGUUGCUUUGCUUGAUUGCAUCACAACAGUGUGCGCGCGCUGGCCAAGUGGCGGGAAACUCCCUCGGCCUCUCUCCAAGGUCUUACAGGAAGGCUGCGGCCGAGCUGGAAAAGGGAUGCCACACUCCCAUAUCCUAGGGUCAAGCCUUAACCUAACCUCUAGGGGGUGCCGGAAGUAAGGGGGGGGAGAAGGGUAGAGCAUGGCUCCAUCCCAUAAUACUCUGGGCAACCUAGUUAACCCUAUCACGACCGCAAAAGGACAUUUGUACUGAUGUCGCUGGGUCCAUGCUGGUCCACUUGAAUUGGCUCGGGACGCCUUUCUGACACAGACCAGGGCUAAGACAGACAGACGAGGGCACAGAUCCAGUCUUUGUUUCCUCGGCAGGUCACCUUUCGACGCGCCCUCUGAUCUGCACAGGGGCCAAUUUUUUUCUAUUUAUUUAUUUUUUGAUGCUGUCUUGCGACCUGGCCUUCUUUGGGACCCAAACCGCUGCUUUCUCAACAGCUGUUGCGUGAGUCACCAAGUGGAGGGUUGGAGCUUUCAGCGGGUCAGGACAGUCCGUGCUGAGCUCCCAAAUCUUCCAAAACGGGCGGCUGAUUUUGAAUGACUGGGUGCACGGCCCAGGACUCCUGGGUUCCAUUCCCAGCUCUGGGAGGGAGUGGGAUGGAGUGGUUAGAGCAGGGGGACUGGGUGUCAGGACUCCUGGGUUCCAUUCCCAGCUCUGGGAGGGAGUGGGAUGGAGUGGUUAGAGCCGGGGGAGCAGCGGGGUGGGGCUCCUGGGUGCUAUUUAUGGCUCUGGGAGAGGAGUGGUGUCUAGUAGUUAGAGGACAGGAACAGGGUGUCAGGACUCCUGGGUUCUCUUCCUGGCUCUGGGCAGAAGGGAGUAGUCUAGUGGUUAAAGCAGGGGAAUGUGUCGAUUCUAAGGCCCAAUGGGGCAUUGUGAUUGUCACGGUUCGUUGUCUGACCGCAGAGAGACAGGCAACAUGAUCAUCUAGUCUGACCUAUAACACAGGCCAGACAAUGGCCCCAAAACACUUCCCAGAACAGAUCUAGAAAAACAUCCCGGCUUGAUUUUAAACGCGCCUGGAGAAUCCACCAGACUCCGGUGGGUAAUUACUCUCACCGCUAGCACUGGGCAGCCAGGAUGCCUGGGUCCCAGGCUGGGUUGGUUAAAGCCAAGGGGAGCUGAGAGUGCUCAAGGCUUCCGAAAAUCUAGCCCAGGUUGGGCACCCAAAAGGAGUGGCUGGUUUUACUAAACUGUCGGGUGGAUUCUAGGCAGUCUAAUUCCCUGCGUUAGCCCCGGGCCUGCCUUCUUCCUAUACACCCCCCUCAGCUGCGUAGCGCUGCCUGUAGUGACACAACACGGUUAAAUAAACCCACAGUGCAGA